UAGCAGACAGCGCAGUGGCGCAUGCGUUUGUUUACGCUCAUUCCUCUUGUCGUUUCUCCAACGUUCCUGUCAGUUUUUAUAUUGAUACUCGCCGUUAAAAUACAAUCGAACAAUUUUUCGACAUGAGUGACUCUGACUCAUUGGCAUGCUGGUCUGCUUUUGCAAAGGAAUAUGAUCCGUUAAAAGCAGGUAGUAUUGAUGGAACAGAUAUGGAACCUCAUGAUAAAGCUAUUGCUCGAGCAAUGAAUGCUCAUUACGAGCCACCUUAUGGAUUGAAGUCAAAUCCAGAAAAAACCUUGUUCGUUUCUAGAUUUGGCCCCAAAGUAACAAAGAAAGAUUUGAAGGAGUUCUUCUCACAGUAUGGAGAAGUUGUUUCUGCCAAAGUAAUAUACGAUGUGGUUACUGGACAAUCCAAUAAUUAUGGCUUUGUGGAAAUGAAAUCAGAACGUGAUGCUUGGAAAUUGGCAAGAAAGGAAGAUCACCUAGUCUUGUACAAUCAUAAGCUUUUUGUUGACUUUGAAACCAGUCGAACUAUGAAGGGUUGGAUACCUAGAAGACUUGGUGGUGGUUUUGGGGGUAAAAAGGAAUCCGGACAGCUCAGAUUUGGCGGGAAGGAGCGGCCUUUCAAAAGACCGAUUUUAAUUGAUGUACCACCACACUUGCGUAAAUAGCAAAUGCAAAGUGAGAGCUCAUUGAACAAAACGCCGUUCCAAUGCGAAAAUCGUCGAAUCGUGCACUAAGAGAAACAACAGUUGACAGAGCUCCCACAGUAACGACGUUCGGAAAAGUUGAGCGCCCGUCGAGAUGGUUGACAACUUUAUAUCGGGCGGCGCCCUCUCCCGUCGACCCACAUCCCUGCCAUAUAUGGCCGCAGCUCACGCGUGUUUCGCGAUUGACGAGCGUCGCACCGGAGGAUCGGCUCGGGACACCCUCGCCUCGGCAAAUAAAUAAGGGCCGAACGAGGCCUCUCGUCACUCGAUAUCAUACCCACAUUUUUACAGCUGAGUUCGCGGCUCGUGUUUCAUACCAUUUCUCCAUUGCACGCGAGACAAUGCGCUCGUUCGAGCUUUCGCUGUGUGGACGUGACUAUUUUUUCGUUUACGCCCUCGCAGUUAUCCCACUAUUUCUGUGUUUUCGAUGAAAGUAUUUUUAUUCGUCUUUUGUAACUGAUACCGCGAACGAGACCGCAAUUCAAAAGAGUCGAUUUUCGUAAACUCACUUCGUUGACUUGCAUAUUUAACUUUGCGUUAGAUAAUUAAUAAGCGCAAGCAAGUUACGUUAUGUGCAUUGUAAUAUUGAUCUUUUAAUUGAAUGAUCAAAAUUAACAAAAGCAAUUGUGUCAGAAAAUGUGUAAAAUAAUUCAAAUAAAUAUUACGACUGCCAAA